UUGUUUGAGAAAAAAAUCGUGCGAAAACGUUUUCUUGUGCGCUCUGUGUAAAGUAACUUUAAAAAUAUUUUGAAAUAAGAGUUUACCAUUAGGCAACCACAAUGGACAACAUUGAACGACUUUAUAAAUGCUACGAGAUAUUAUCCGAGGCGGGUGAUAAAAUUUCUGAGCAUGUGGCGGAAUACAAAGAGAUAUUGCAGGCCGUAAAAGGUACAUCGAAAGAGAAGAGAUUAGCAUCCCAAUUUAUUGGCAACUUUUUCAAACACUUUCCGGAAUUGUGUGACACCGCAAUCGAUGCACAGUUCGAUUUAUGUGAAGAUGAUGAUACACAGAUACGUCGACAAGCCAUCAAAGACUUGCCUAAGCUGUGUCAAGGCAAUGCAGAAGCCACAAUCCGCGUGGGCGACACUCUGGCACAGCUGCUGAUAUUGGACGAUGCAACCGAGUUGCAGCAAGUCAACAACUCGUUGCUAAGCAUCAUUAAGCUAGACACAAAGAACUCGAUAACUGGUUUAUUCCAGCAAAUCACCACGGGCGAUGAGCAGACACGAGAGCGUUGCUUUAAAUUCAUUGCCACCAAGCUGUUGACAAUGGGUCCCAAUGUUAUAACCAAGGAAAUUGAGGACUAUAUUGUGGAUGAGAUCAAGAAGGCAUUACAGGAUGUGACAGCCGAUGAAUUUCACUUAUGCAUGACGAUUUUGGGUGCAACAAAACUGGGAAGCACAAUUACCGGUCAUGCUGAACUUGUAAAACUGGCCACGGAACAAGCUGAAUUGAAUACCACGGACACUGAUACCAUUGCUGUUGACGAUGAAGUUGUGGAGCGUUUCAUACAAUGUGCCACAGCAGCUGCACCUUACUUUUCGAAAACAAUCAAAUCGACACAGUUUGUGAGCUACGUUUGCGAUAAACUGUUGCCCAUCGACACAUGGAAUUUGAUUGCCACUGCAGUCUCACAAGAUCAAAUACAGUUGCGUCUGCUUAAAGUAUUCGCCGAGAUGAUAACUAAUACCGAUAAGCUGGAGAACGCCAAUGAGCGCAUCAAUGCUGUCUACAAUGUUCUUCUUGAGUACAUGCCGUUGCCAAAGCUGAGUGACGAUGAUGUGGCAGAUACGCCGCCCUCAUUUCAGUUCUCGCAUGCUGAAUGUUUACUGUAUGCACUACACACAUUGGGAAAGAAGCAUCCAGGAAAUUUGACUUUUAUUGAAGACGCUGAGAAACUAAAAGACUUUCGAGCUAGACUGCAAUAUCUAGCACGCGGUACACAGGGCUAUAUUAAGAAACUGGAGGAGGCACUUAAAGGCAAGACUGCAGAGGAACUUAAAACGGAGGAGAAUCAGUUGAAGCAAACCGCUUUGAAAACGACAUCAAAUAUCAAUAUACUGAUACGCGAUCUGUUUCAUUCACCGCCUAUUUUCAAGCAUGACAUUGUCCUCUCCUGGAUUGUGCCGAAAAGUAGCAAACUUGGCAAACGCCAUGUGCCCAUCACAUUUGGCGACAAGGGUGCCGCCAAUGGAAAUCAGGAAACGGAUCAGCAGGACAAGAAAUCGCGGCCAUCCAAUGAGCAGAAAUUCUACUCACCGCCAUCGGGCAAAUACUCUGGCAAAGUGAAUCCCAACUAUGGCAACAACAGCAACAACAAUCGUGGACGCCAACGUGGAGGAGGCGGCGGUGGAGGCUUUAGGAAUCGACGCUACAGAUAUUAGAUGCCACCUAAGCAGCACUUUUUGCAUGUUUGCUAUCCUAGUCGUUAAUCAACAAGAAACACCACAAAGAAAACUUAACCGAGAUUUUGAAAAUUCUCUAUCAACAUCCACGUAUUUACGACUAAUAAACAACUUGCGAAAUCACAUACAAGACUUGGCCUAUAGACGAAUUUUGUCGAGUUCCAUCAAGCAUUAACUAAAGCAAGAAUGAACAUCUCUAAAUGCACGGGUGAGUAUCAAGUAAACUUUCCUUGUAAUUGUCUACCUUUGAUAUAUUUCAGAGCGUCUCACAGCAUCAAUUAUAUGAAGUUCUAUUAACAAUUUUCCUGACUUGCUUUCUUAUUUUUCGAAACACACAAACAAUUGCUUCGUAUGUGAAACAUGUUUGCAAAUUUAAUCAUGAUAUCUUCAAACAACGCCAUGCCCACUUACAUUUUCAUAUUGUCAUCAUAGACGUGAGCGUUGUUUUAAUAUAUCAGACUCCAAAAGUUAACGAUCUAUCUAUAUAUAAAAUAAUAUAUUAAAAAUAGUUUGUAAACAAUUUGCAAUAUCACCACUUAACAAUAAUAACCAAUGAGUUUGAUAGAAGUAAAAAUUUAUGAAGUCCCAAUACAUAUGAAAUGAUAAUGAUAUGCAAGUAAUCUCGUGUUAUAACUAUUUAAAGCAGCACUAGAUUUACAAACAUGUGCGAAAAGUUUGUCAAAACCUUUUAAUCACAAGCCUAAUUAGUUCUUUUGUUCACAUAAAUACUUAACUAUUGUACUACGUAGCAACAACAGCAACAACAA